AUGCCAUCUGCAACUGGUAAUAAGCGUGUCAAGGGUAUCUCCGUCUUCCGCCCGUUCAUCUUCGGCAGCGAAGCGCAACCCUUUGAUCCCGAGAAGCGACCCGCCAACAUCCCCGCCGAUCAUACCCACCAAUGGCGCGUCUUUGUUAAGGGAAUCAACGAUGAAGACAUCUCAUACUGGUUGAAAAAGGUCCAGUUCAAGCUGCACGAGACCUACGCACAGGCCGUCCGCACCGUUGAAACCCCCCCCUUCGAAGUGGUAGAGACGGGUUGGGGCGAGUUUGAGAUUCAGAUCAAGCUCUACUUUACGCCAGAAUCGGGAGAGAAGCCGCAGACCCUGUGGCACAGUCUAAAGUUGCACCCGUACGGACCUGAUGCCGAGGGCAUGAAAGAGCGACGGGACGUGGUCAUCAGUCAAAACUACGAGGAGGUGAUUUUCAACGAGCCGGUUGAGCCUUUCUAUGAGAUUCUGACCAGUGGCGCCUCGACUGGUACUCCUGCGCCAUCACGUGGGAAGGGGAAAAACACGAAACAGCAGCAACAGCCACCACCCGGACGGACGGCCGAGAUCCCGUUGAAUGAUACGCCGAAGAAUCCCUAUAGUCGGGCCACGGAGGCGAAGGAGCUGGAUCGGAUGGCGGCAGCAAUCAAGACGGUCGACCAAAUGAUCAAGGAGGAAAAGGAAAAACUGAUCGAACGAGAGAAGUACCUGGCCGAGCUGAGGGACAGUGAAGGCGUGCCCACUGCUACGAAGAAGCGAUGA